AUGGAAGCCUAUUUAAGCGCUUCAAACGAACUUGGAUUCUCUCCGCUUGAGGACAACAUCGAUAUUGCGGGUAUCAAGAGAUGGAUUGACCUAUGCGAUCGCGAUCACACCGGGAAGUGCCACACUAUCACAGACCCUAUGGAUAAGAUGCCACAAGCCACAGGAUUAUUAUUCAUAGACGUCGAGAAGCUUUGUCUGGUAAAGCAGCCUAAGGAUGCAUACAUGGAUCGAUACGUUGCCUUGAGUUACGUUUGGGGUACCGCAAAGAAUCCUUUUCAAACAUUGAAAGCGAAUUUUGAUUUGUUAAGCAAGACAAAUGCAUUCAGAUUACCCGAAAUCGAUUGCCGAAUUCCCAAUACCAUCAAGGAUAGUAUUCUUCUCGUCCGUACUUUAGGUAUUCGGUACUUGUGGGUCGAUCGGUUUUGUAUAGUACAGGACGAUGAAAUUGCCAAACCGCAUCAACUCAAUUCGAUGGCCUUAAUAUAUUCCAAUGCGUACUUCACCGUCGCGGCCACCGAGGGGGCAGACAGUGAUUAUGGGCUUCAGGGACUUGGAAAGAAACGCCUGAGAACACCACCUUUUGAAGUCUUCGAGUUCGGCCCCAGUUGUCGCAUGGUUGCAACUUCACCAGUAAAGAAAAUCGCUAACGAAGUCUAUCAUACCCGAGGCUGGACGUUCCAGGAAUGGACCUUUUCUUCACGUAUGAUUGUAUUUCAUGAACAAACUGUGACAUGGAUAUGUCAGAAAUACAAACAGCAGGAGAAUGGACACACCCCAAACCAAUUGCCGGAAAGAUUGCCCUUCACUUUGUGGACAAAGCAGCCCGAUCCGAUAUAUUACUGUCUUCAGGUAGAACAGUAUAGCAGAAGGAGUCUGUCUAAUUCAGCAGACGUCUUAGCAGCAUUCAAUGCAUUCACCACAGCGCAAAGUCGAGCCAUGAAAGGUGGGAUGCUACAUGGCCUUCCAGAACUCUUCUUCAAUAACAUGCUAUGCUGGCACCACGACAUAGACUCGCGACACCAAAGACGGGUCGAUUCCAAACGCAAUGUUCUGAAGCAGUUUCCUUCCUGGUCAUGGGUUGGCUGGUUCGGUCCAAUGGAUAUGUGUCUCGCCAGUGAAGCCAGCGGUAUCAGAAUGCGUGCCUCCCCUGGCCGUCUCGCAUACCCUUGCAUCACAGAAUUUUACAAGAUCCGCACCAACAUGCAAUCCGAAGAGCGUGAACUUAUUCGCGAUCUGCACUACUACGAGUCUCGCGGUAUAGAAUCAACGGUCCUAAGCGAAAAGUCAUUAUCUCAAGAAGCUGAAGACGAAGAGAAUUCCACAUUGAGGCUCAAUCAUAUUUACUCCACCGUCAUCGAAUUUCGUACUCGCCGGCUCAUCGCACGUCUAGCUGAGUAUGACUGCAAUGGGUUCAGCAAUGAUACGGCUUUUAUACUAGGACCUGAGGGCCACAUAAUCGGUGCUCUAGACCUCGGCCUAUCCUUCUACUCACUCGACCUACCCCAAAACGAUGUCGAACUUAUUUGCAUUAGUGUUAGCGCGCCUGUGUGCUCGAAGCAUGCCCAUGUUCGAAAUCUCACUAGCCAGUAUAUCGAUAUCGACAGUUGCCCCAGAGAGUGUUUUGCGGAUUUGGAACACUACUAUAAUGGAAUUUACGAGCCAGCAUCGGAUUGGCAGUUUAGGUGUUAUGAUGUGUUGUGGAUCGAGUGGGACAACGGCAUUGCAUACCGAAAGGCGAUAGGGCAGAUUUGGAAAGAAGACUGGGAAGCUGCAUAUACUGAGGAGGUGGAUAUCCGACUUGGAUAA